AUGUCAAGUGGUAAGGACGACACGGCUCUUGCCGAGGUGGUACCGGCUGCGCAAGGCGAGGACGAGCCCGUGGCAACCGAGCGCCCGCAAGUCCGCUCCAAGGCACAAAGUUGGGGGCUCCUGCCGGAAAGCCAUCGAGGCAUCACGGUCGAAGAGCUGUGGGACUUCUACAAGCCAGAGGCCGACUGGCUCGAAGAUUCCAGGUGGAGGUGCGGGAUUUGCCACAAGUCUUGCAGCUGUGAGGAAUGUGUCGAUCCCGAGUCAAGCCCGGCAAGCCCUCAAGAAACAGCUGAGCCGGUGGACGCUUCGAUGGAGGUGGAGGAGGCAGCUGGCAACAUGGCUCAGGCAGCUCAAGCAGCUGCUGCACAGAUGGCGGAGCAGGUGGUCACGGGCAUCGGCAAAGCAAUGGCCGAGGAGAAGAGGGCUAAGCGCAUCCGUCGCGCCCGACAAAAGCCACAGAGUCACAGCUGCUGCAGCCACUGUGGUGCGGAAGGCGGACCAGGACGAUGGGAGGAGCGGAACCUCUACGAGGUCGUUGCUGAAAUGGUCAUGCCCAUUUGUGCGCAGCUUCGGGUGAGCUAUGUGGAGCUUCUCCGACGCGGGCCCGAAGGCGACGAGAUGGAGGGCGUCCGGCCAGACACCUUUGUGUCCCAUUGGUGGGGCGAGGAGUUCCCGAAGUUCAUGCGCACGCUCACCAGGUUUGCAGAAGCCCGAAGCCGCCGACUGCCCUGGACCAUGUGCCACACCCCGUAUCGAAACCCGCGAACAUGGGCUUUCUGGAUCUGCGCGUUUGCCAACAAUCAGUAUGCCAUCGAGCAUGCCCUGGGCGACUUCAGUAGCAGCGCGACACCGCGGACCGCGGUGAUGACAUCCGCGUUUGCCACUGCUUUAGAUGCUGUCACUGAUGUCGUGGCUGUGCUGGACGAUCGCGCGAUCAUCUACACCAGGAUCUGGUGCUGCUUCGAGUUGUUCUCCGUUGCGCGCUUGAUGCCACAGCGCAGAGGCAAGGAGCUCGAGAUCUUCAUCGCCGAUGAGUCAGGGGUGGUCAGUUCCGGCUGUGGGGAUGUUUGGAUGAUGAAUUCGCUGAUCGACAAGGUCAAAACGGCGGAGGCAGAGGCGUCGAAUCCUGAUGACAAGGCCAUGAUCGAAUCUGCCAUGCUUGCAGAUGGUACCACCUCUGAGGAGCUGGAUAGUGUGCUCCAGAUGCUGGCUUCCACGGGCAUGGCGGCAGCCCACCACCGGAGGUGCAUGGAGAUCUGCGCAAUGGUGGUGAUUCUCGAUGUUGCGACCACAAACACCGUGGGGACCACCCUGAGCAUCCUGAACCAGAGAGCCAACGUCGAGGCGCUUCUGGGCUUUUCGCCGAAGGUUUUGUGUCUCGGCUUAUCACACGGGCUGCUGCUUGUCCUGGGCCUCCUCUUCCUGAUCCGUGCGGAGCUGCUUGCUUGCCGCCUUGGCCAACGGAGUCAUCGCCUUGUUCGAGUGAACCACCGCUUGGCCGUGGUUUGCGUCCUGUUCAGUCUGAAGGUGUUUAUUGUUGUCGGAUUUGCCACCAUUGCUGGAGACUGGGCCGGGGUUUGCGUCUCAUUGUACCUCUUUGGUCUUAUUGUGCUCACGUUGGCGGGGCGCCACCCGCUGCGCAGGUUCUUGGAUCCUGUCUCAGGGGUCCUCGCGCCUUUCAGUUGCUGGGAAAGGCAAGCUGCACAGUUCGCUGAGUGCGCGGAGCGCGCAGGGCAUUCCAGCUCGCACCUUCCCCUCUCGAGGCCCGUCAAUUUAGUCGGAGCUCCUGCACUUGCUCCGUUCCUCGGCUUUGUCAACCUGCAGGAGACAAUUUUGUCAAGCUUCAUGAUCUUCAUUGCAACAGGCAUUGCAACAGGCAUUGCAGAUGCCGUCUGGAUGCGGGACAGCCAAUAUGGCAAGUACCGCAGAGGCCGCCUGGUGAAGAAGGCCGCGCGCUGUCCGAAGUGCGGCGCCUAUGAUGCCAGCCUCCAGCGCUCCUGCCGCCACUGCGGGCAUCCGACGAAGGAGGUCGUGGCCAGGACUGGCUGGGCCCAGCACCUGGUGCCGGGGGAGACUGUGGAGCUUUCGCAGUUCCAGUGGCGGCGGCCGCAGCGGCUCAGGCGGCUGCAGCUGAGCGACGAGGCCCAAUUGGCCUUGCGGCGACUGCUGGUGGAGCGUCGCUUAGAAACGGCUCAGGAGGGAGAGCAGAGUGAGUGGUUGACCUCGCAAGUGCUAACCGCACCGGUGUCGGGAGCAUGGUUUCAUGUCUUGGCGUAUCCGCUUCUCGGAGAUGUCACAAAGGUGCUUUUGCGGCCUGUGCUGAAAUGCUGGACUGCUGCGCAGCGGGAGAGCGUGGCGCGGGCAUCGCGAUUGCUUGGGGAGACUCUCCUGUCGCAGUGUGCAAAAGCCGGUCAGUGGAAGAUGGUGGAGGUGCUCGUAAGACAUGGUGUGCCUCUGCCCGACCUGAGCCGCGAGUUUAGCCAGGUUUGUGGCCCAUCGGUGCCCUGCCAAAGGCAAUGGCACAAAGAUUGGCGGCAAGCGCUAGGUUCCCAUGGCCCGACACCCAUCCUCGAGCUGGCAGCGGCCAGUAAGGAUGGGCCCAAGAUUCUGGAGGACCUGUUGCGUGAGGCAUCAGAUCAACACCGAGACAAAGGCUACACGGGCCCCCUCCGUUUGACGGAUCUGCUGGGAGGCCCUGGUGGGCAUCCGCAGCCGCUGCUGCUGCGCGCGGCCGAGGCGAAGCGCUGGAACGUGGUGAACGUUCUGCUAACAAGCUCAGUACCUGUGGCUGCUGCAACGCUGCUGUCUUCUCCGCAUGUGGCGACUUGCCCCAAUGCACUGGUUGAUCUUGCAGAGGAGAGGGCUUUAGAGGAGGGCUCACCGCUCUUCACAUUGACUGGCCAUCCAGAGGAGGACCCUCUUUCUGGUUUUUUCCGCUACCGGCAUGCCAGCGUGGUGCUUCUGAACAAGGAGGUUCCGGCGGGCUACAGGCGAAUGUCAACCUCAUCAGGUGGCUCGUACUUGGAGCAGGAUGAUGAAUCCGUCCGCGUCUGGGAUGAGUUGCUCCAGAUUGGGGUGCAAGGAGGGCAGUGCCAGCCCUCUGCAGAAGUGGCAUUUGUGAAACUGGAAAGGGGCGAGUGGGACGAACUCCAAGAAACCGAGAAGGCUGUAUUGUCGCUUAGCCUCUGCAGCCGGACAGCAGCCAAGAAGCCAGAUGCUAAGGUGGGCAGCUGCUGGCUUGCGGUGCUGUGUCCCAGCAGCUAUCUUCAGGCUUCCAAAGAGGGCCUCCUACUGGUGCCGCCUCAGCGCAUCCCGACGCCCUGCUAUGUGCCGAGCGUGAAGCUACGCAUUAAGGCGGAGUCUGCCUGCUGCAGGGAGCCGAUGCAGGGUGUGCCGGUCUAUCUGGAUGGGCAGUGCGUGGGCCAGAGUGACAAAGAUGGACUCGUGGAAGUCUUUGUCAAGCCUGGCCGCCGCAUGCUCCAGUCGCCAAGCGCGGGCGCGGAAGCUGCCGAGUUGAAGCUGACCGGUGAAGGUGAACACGUGCUGCUUUGCGUUGGCCGUGUCUUCCUUUUUCUGCAGGCUGAAGGCUCACCUCCAGAAUGGAAAUUGAAGAUGACCACCGACUUGAGGCAGAUUCCGGAGGAUGCCACCGACUUCCGGGGCAAAGUCUGCUUCGACGAGGGUCUUCCUUCACAGGACAUCCGCUCCUGCUUCCAUCCGCUCGUCGUGCCGGGCGGACAGCCGUGCAGCAGGCUUUUCCAGUCACUGCGGCCAGAGGCACUCAGUGGUGCGAGCUUCGACCCAAGCAAGGAGGGGCUUGAGCGGCUUGCCGACGAGGAGUGCGCGUGCAAGGUGAGCGAUCUCGUUGGGACAGCCCCUCUGAGUCUGGGCACCUUCUUGGACACAGUCGACAGCCUGGCGAAAGGCACGGUGCAGCCUCCACGGCCCAGAAAGAUGGCCGACUUUGCCUUUGCACCGCAAAGACGCAAACUCGGCAUCGCGCGGCGAGCCUGA